AUGAAAGGCCUAAAUGUUGAGAUUAACUCCAUGGUAACACCGUCGUACGCAGUUAAGGUUGCGCCGACAGUCUUCCUACAGCAUAUAGUUUUGGAUAAAAGCUUGUUGGCGGGCCAUAUGCUUCAUGGCUUUUACCCCGACUUGCAUAUUAUAUUCAAAUUAAUGACACCGCCAGACACACUCUUAGCUCCUCCAAUGAACUCUUCAAUCCAGAGUACUAUUAUUUGCAAGAAAACACAACUCACAUACGUUUGGAACUCCCAGCAGCUCACCUUCCCCAUUUCGAUCUCCAACCUGCCACAAGCAGCACACUUCCACAUUAGUAUCUAUGUACAUGGUGUCCUUUUAGGUUCUACAGAGUUCCCCCUUUAUAAUGAGCACUUUGCCCUACGAUGCAUGAUGCACACAUGCCUUAUCAAGCCCAUAGCCUACACAGAUGACCAGAUUAGCGAGGAGCUUCCACCGAUAGAGCUUUCGUUUGAGCUGGCGCUCCCUCAUUCUGAGGACAGGACAAGAACCAUUGCUAAUACUGUCUGCUACGCGCCAGAAGGCCUCUUUCGGAAGACUUCAAUGGGGUCUAUUACUACCACUGCCGAUGCUCAUCUCGCCACAGCCAAGAGCCCUGCGCACGUCUCGCUUCUGGAGAUGAAUGCGCUCCUGUCCUCCUCUAUUACAACUGAUAUGGAUCUUGCUCUUGCACACAAGGUUAUAGAGCACUACUACCGCGUUGCCAUGAAAGAGGCCCUUUACCUCAACAAGCCCCACAUUCAGAAGCAGUUGACUGCAAGCCUAUUCAACCAAGAAGCCAUUGCUGUCUCAAAUUAUGCCGCGAUAACGGUCCAAAACUAUAUACCAUGCAUGCAGUUUUACGAUUGUGAGCAAGUGCUUGCAAAGUUCACAGCAGAUCAGGAAGCCGGGGCCUUCUCUCGUCUGGCUGUUGCACUCAAGACCGCCACGGAGAAACCUCUCUCGGACGUGGAUCUCUUUGGGCUCAAGAGUGCAACAUCCACAUACACUAAUGCAGAGACUCUUUCUCAUCUACGGAACAUAAUAGCACGCUCCUUCAAUAAGUACCAAGCCGAUCCCACACCCACUUCUUCCCAAAAUGAUGACACUUCCCCUAGCCAGGAUUCAUCCUACACACUCACACACAAUGUGCGGGCAGCUACAAGUAUUGAUGAGAUCAAGCUCGACCAGUUUAACCCAACAGAUUACGCUUUGGCUCUAAACUACAAGAUCUCUUCUAAAUGCAAGGUGCGCGACCAGAACGAGCAUAUCUUGUCAGCAAUCGCACCACAGUACGAUGCAGAUCCGUCGACAUUGGUCCCAGACAAUGCCAGCGCUGGAAAAUUGGCGAAACUAUGCGACGUUCUAUUUACUCACCAACUAAGGAGUCAGGACAAAGACUUAAUUUGGAAGUAUAGAUAUUACAUGCGUAAGUAUCCCAGAGGACUGAUAAAGGUUAUAAGUUCCAUACCACAGAGCUAUAGGAACGUGUUGAUAAGGCAGCGUUCAGUCAAGGACAAAGGCCAGGACAGCGGUCAAAAUUUUGGCGAUUCUAUUGAUGAAUCUACUAAUCAGGACCUUCGACACAUUGUGGGAGAGCUCAAAACCCUUCUAUACACGUGGAAUGAUCCUGCAAUCGAUCAGCUUCUUCUCCUUCUCUCACAAGAGUACUCUCUGUAUAAUUUGAACACUAACGUGAUACGUGAGUAUGCUAUCAAUAAGCUUAACCAGUUUGCAGACUCUGUGCUACUCCAGUUUUUGCUGGAGUUGACGUUCAAAAUAGAUCUUGACGAAAGCCUCUGCAUUGUCGACCUAUUUAAUUAUAAAGAAUUGUACCAGUCCAUUGAGGACCAGAUGAUUGAUCAGCAGGAAACGUUAGCACGAGAGAAGAAGAAGCGCCUAGAAACUGCCGAGCAAGACCUUCUCAAUAUAACACCCAUCAUAGAAACUAAAUCGUUACCUUUCAAGGGGACAAAGAAGAAUGCGCUUCAAUCAAAAUCGAUUUUGUCGGGGAUGAGUGCUUCUCCGGCAGAAUUUUUUGAUCUGCGGGGAUCCAAGGACCCAAUUGUGGACCCCAAAACAAGCAAAACAAGCAUAGCAAGCAUCCCUGUUGCUGGUAACACAUUUAGCAGCUCAUCUAAGCUUUCGAUAAAGUCCUUUACGCACCACUCCUUUUCAGUGGAGAUUCCGACUCAAAGCUAUGGUCGCAGUCAGGUUAUGCCGAAGUCUACGCUUCAGAAAGCAACCAUACUGAACGAAGAGGAGGUGUCCUCGUUCUGUGAAGCAAGGUUUGGCAAUAUGGCAGAUUUGCAAUUCGAUACAAUGGACAUGUCAUACACUGACUCAUCUGACGAGGCGCCCACCAUUCUCCUCAGAAGUGCUGACGAUCACACAACAAGUGACGACACGAAGGGUACCAUUGGGGAGCACUCCCAAACUUCUGGAAGGGAAGAGUCUGCACUGGUGCACAAUCCUGCAGAGCCUCAGAGGUAUCUCACAUUUAAAAACCUUUCAGAUAUGUUGAUAGCCAGAGCUAUCUCAGCGCCAUACACAUUCUAUCUGUUUUAUUUUUAUGUAGAUUUAUGGUAUAGCAAUUCGAUUAGACAACAGGAUGAGAAUGCACAGAGAAAGCUGCUGGCAUGCAGAGAUGGUUAUUAUGCUAUCAUGAAGGAGAAGGACCCAGAGUUUUACUCCUGUCUACGCUCCACAAUCUUAUUCUCUCAGCAACUUAUUAACAUUUCAAAGAAAUCUUCAGAACUAGGCUCUGUUAGGCAUGCAGACCAGGAGAAAAUGAUCAAGAAGAUGAUUCAGGAUGGCACUCUUCUCACAGCCCUAGAGCGUAAGCAGAACUCGGACCCGAGUAUGGAUGAUGAGCACAGUGACCCUAGACUUGAUAGCGACAAACUCGGAGUCAUCUUCCCAUUUGUCAUGCUUAAGAACCAUCAGACCACCGCUAGUGACGAUGCCUUCGUUACAGCAAUUAAUCUGCGCAGGCCCAUGCGCCACAGACGGAUAGAGUCCCUCAAUGCAGCCAGCUUCUCAACCGAGUUUAAUAUUUUUGUGACCGAAACGGAGAAUAGCAACCCAUCAACCGUUGUUCAGUCAUCACCCAAGAAGCUCUGUUCAGACGCUGUUACCGAUGCUUCUGGAACAUCGUCCAUACCACAGUUCUCCGUGUCUCCACUGCAAGAAGAAGGAGACACUAAGGCAGUCAAGAAUGACGUGGAGAAGAAGCCUGGAAACGUCCUGGUCGUAGAUAAGAACGAGACCUAUGCAGACUUCCACAAAAAGUUUGUCCACAUAUGCGGCAUAAACCCAGAUAAUGUUAAGGUAAUGACCUCUGCAAAGCGUCCCAUCCUGUACCACCUUAUCCAGGCAGAAACGGGGAAGGAAAUCCCUGUACUGCUUAAGAUUAACGACGAUGUGCGACUAGACAUGCUCUACGUCCACUUGUUCUCUCUUAUGGAUAGCUACAUGCAGACGCACAACUUAGACAUGAAGUUCACCAUAUACUCCUGUUUCGCCCUGUCACCAUCUAUCGGAUUCAUAGAGUGCAUCUUACCAUCAGAAUCCCAAGACGACAUAUACAAGAAGAAGGAACUGGGAACAAUUACUGACUACUUCAACGCCAUGCUCUGCAAAUACAGAAGCCAAGUUUCUCCAUCUGUCCUCUCGCAGGCCCUGGUGAAGCUACCCUCCCUACUCUCGGAAAUAUCUGCAAAACUGCUGGCCGACGAAUCGCUGUGUCUCAGCAGUCUUAUAAGUGAGUCUAUUCUGGAUGGAAAACUACCUCCACAAUCACCCUACGCCUUUUCCGAAUUUAGUGACAAAACAAUUCCGUCUGUUGCGGGCAAAGGAUCUCUUCCGUUUGGAGAGGAGUCAUACCAAAUGGUUAAGAAGAGAACCCGGCCAUCAAACCUCUCUUCCACCAGCGUACAUAUACCAAACAUGUCCACGUCUAUGGACGAUCUUAUGGGAGGCAUAAGGAGCACAAAGGGUGCCCACAAAAGCGUCUUUAGUGAUGACGGUGUGGAGAAGCGACAAGAGAACUCUCGUGGACACUCAAGGCAUGUCUCAACUUCAGACUGCUCCUAUGGAGGGUCAGAAGCCAAGGGCAGUGGAGACAAGGGAUCAGAGACUAUAGAAUCUGACAAGGUGAUGAGUGCAGGGGCAACACCGUCGAUCCAAAGUCGCCACACCCGAGGGGUACCAUCAAACCUGUCUCUACAAAUAGGAAAUCGUCCGUUGACACAGGACAUCGUUCAGAAGUGGUUAGUGGAGCAAUUGACCGUCAAGGGCAUAGAGUCCUUACCCCAGAAGGUGUACGCAAUAAUUGGCUCAGUGAUUGACAAGGUGUAUAGAUUCAACGGUCCCUUAAAUUGCAUGAAUGAUAUCACAGCAGAAGCUCAAAUGUCAAAUUUUGUCAAGUCCACCGCCGCAUACAGUGUUGCAACAUAUUUAUUGAGAGCGGGAGACAGACAUGGGGAGAACCUCCUCAUUCGCCCAGACGGGAGGAUGUUCCACAUAGACUUUGGCUGGUGCUUUGGGAAAGAUCCCAAGCUUAUGGCUCCGAAGAUGAAGGUCUCCAAGGACUUGGUCAAGGCCAUGGGCGGAGAGGGAAGCGCAGAUUUUGAGAGUUAUCUCAAUUAUGUAGCUGAAAUCUUCUGUAUGUUGAGACAAGAUGUGUACAUCAUAAUAUCAUUACUGUACAUACUUCAGGGCGGGGGAAUGGCCUAUCUCGAUGAAGCAGCCCAGUCACACUUUUACGUCAUCGAAGACAACUAUCAGCUUUCGCUUGAAAGGGACGCAGCAAUCUAUUACAUACUAGAUGUGGUGAAGGCCUCCAUGAAGGCGAUCAUGGGGCAGUUCAUCGACGCCUUCCACAGGUUCACCCAGGGCUUUAAGAAAUAG